AUGACGCACGGCCGGCAGCCACACGGCUGCCUCCUACCCGCCCUGCUAACCACCCGCUCUGCUCGAGGCGGGCACCUCGUGCUAGGAGGCGCGGAGGCAAGAAGGCGGCACUUCAGCAGAGGUGUAGUGCGGUGUGGAAUGGUACGCAAGGAGGACGGGCGGGCGCGGUGGGAUGACGCACGGCCGGCAGCCACUGGCGUGUGGCUGCCUCCUACUCGUCCUGCUGACCACCCGCUCAAGGCAAGGAGGACACUUGGGGCAAGGAGGUACGCAUGCGACUCUUGGGGCUCGAGGCAGGGAGGACACUUGGGGAAAGGAGGAGGAGGCAACCAGGCGGCACUUCAGUGGAAAGUGGAACGGAGAGUAGCGGUGGGACGUGUUGAGGCGGAGAGGGUGGUGCCACUGUCUCUCGAAAGUCCUCCUCACGGCUGGCCCCGCUCAUCGCUGCUCCUCGUCUUCUUUCUUCAGCACCGCCCUCCCUGCACCUCCUCUUCCAGCUUUGACGCCCAACCUGACCUGCACUCCGUCCUCAUCCCCUUCCCACCGUCGAGGAGGGCGCACGGGGAGUCUACAGCGUCACGUCCGGCAAGGGGUGAGGCGGAGGAACGUGAGGGAGUGGUUGAUGGGUUGGACGAGUGGAUGCAUGGAGGGGGAUGCAGUGGAAAGUGGAACGGAGACUUUGACGCCCAACCUGACCUGCACUCCGUCCUCAUCCCCUUCCCACCGUCGAGGAGGGCGCACGGGGAGUCUACAGCGUCACGUUCGGCACGGGGACGGAGGGGAGAGCGGCAGCAUGAAGGGGGACGCUUCAGGCUAGGAGGCGGGGAGGCGGCACUUGAGGUGAGCAUUCGAGGAGGCGGCACUUCAGGAGGCGUCAGAGCAUUUGAGGAGGUGGCACUUCAGGUGAGCAUUCGAGGAGGCGGCACUUCAGGCUCUGCCUGGUUUGAGCGAGGCUUGGGGGACGCUUCAUGUCCUCCUCGUGCCACUGCGGGGUUGCGGAGCGGAGGUGGACUGCACGGCACGCCAGCAACGGUCGUCGUGGUGGUGCGUGUUGUCCCACACGAAGGGUCCCCACCUCAACGUGGUGUGUGGGUGUAA